UUUUAACAACAUACAGUCCACUUAUUUGGCAGUAGUGACCUGAGCCAAUUUGAGUUCCUGUGGGCAGCGGAGUAAAAAAUAAAUAAAACAAAAGCAACUUAUUUUAAAUUCAGCGCUGUUUUUAAGUUGCGUGAAAGCUUUUUGGUGGUUAUAUAUGUUCCUGGAAUGUGUUUUUAGUUUAAUCUGCCAGCCAGCAGCAGGACGGCUAGCUGGGGCUGUUUGUUGCUGAGGUGGCUAAGCUGCUCUGUGAGACUUGGACUGGCUAGCUGGGCUAACCUUCUGUUCCGAUAAAAACAAAAAUAAAGAAAUAAAACUUUUUUUCCCGGGAAUUUGCACUUCAAAAGACGAACAUGAGGAUCACGGUGGAUUUUGAGGAAUGUCUCCGAGACUCUCCGAGAUUCAGGGCCACCAUUGAGGAGGUGGAAGGAGAUGUGUGUGAGCUGGAGUCCAAAUUGGAUAAGUUGGUGAAGCUGUGCAUUGGAAUGAUCGAUGCUGGAAAAGCGUACGUCUCGGCCAACAAGCAGUUUGUGAACGGCAUCCAGGAAUUAGCCCAGCAGUCAGCUAAAGAUGAGGUCAUCGAGUCAAGUCUGACGAAGUUUGCUGAGAGCUUACAGGAGAUGAUCAACUAUCACACAAUUUUAUUUGACCAGGCACAGCGCUCAAUCAAAUCACAGCUUCAGAUGUUUGUGAAAGAAGAUCUGCGCAGGUUUAAGGAGUCGAAGAAGCAGUUUGAUAAAGUGAGUGAGGAGAAGGAGGCAGCACUGAUCAAGAAUGCUCAGGCUCCCAGAAAUAAACAACAUGAGGUGGAGGAAGCUAACAGCAUCCUCAGUGCUACACGCAAAUGUUUCCGCCAUAUUGUCCUGGAUUACGUUCUCCAGAUUAAUCUUCUGCAGUCCAAGAGACAAUCAGAAAUCCUCAAAUCGAUGUUAUCCUUCAUGUACGCCCACCUGACCUUCUUUCACCAAGGUUAUGAUUUGUUCAGUGAACUUCACCCACUAAUGAAGCACCUUGGGGGACAGUUGGAGCAUUUGAUGAUGGAUGCAGCGAAGGAUAAGAGGGACAUGGAAACAAAACACUCUACUAUUCAACAAAAGGAUUACUCGAAUGACGACACCAAACUGGAGUACAAUGUGGAUGCUGAGAACGGGAUUAUUAUGGAGGGUUAUCUGUUCAAGAGGGCUAGUAAUGCCUUCAAAACAUGGAACAGGCGCUGGUUCUCAAUUCAGAACAAUCAGUUAGUGUACCAGAAGAAGUUUAAGGAUAACCCCACUGUCGUGGUGGAGGAUCUGAGGUUGUGUACAGUUAAACACUGUGAGGACAUCGAACGCCGCUUCUGCUUUGAGGUGGUUUCACCCACAAAGAGCUGUAUGAUGCAGGCUGAUUCUGAAAAGCUGAAACAGGCGUGGAUCAGAGCCAUGCAGAACAGCAUUGCUACAGCCUUCAGAGACCGAUCGGACGACUCAGAGAAGUUGGACAGGAAGUCAUCGCCUUCCACAGGAAGUUUGGAGUCAGAUCCGAGAGAGAAGAGUCUGAAAGGAGAAGGCGCCUUCCAGAAGGUCAUGGCCAUUGCAGGAAACGGCACAUGCUGCGAUUGUGGCCAGCCAGAGCCCAAAUGGGCCAGCAUUAACCUGGGGAUCACGCUGUGCAUCCAAUGUUCAGGCAUUCACAGGAGCUUAGGAGUUCAUUUCUCCAAGGUGCGAUCUCUGACUCUGGAUACGUGGGAGCCAGAACUGCUGAAGUUAAUGUGUGAGCUUGGAAACCGUGUCAUCAAUCGGAUUUAUGAAGCUCGCAGGGAGGCACUUGGAGCACGGAAACCACAGCCAGGAGACUCCAGGCAGGACGUGGAGUUGUACAUCAGAGCCAAAUAUGUCGAUCGGCGGUUCAUCAGAAUGCCGUCAGACGAAGAACUGAAGCUGAAGAUCAUGGCGUUGAGUGUAGAGCAGAAACGACUCAGUGAUUCCUCCGAACCACAAACACGACACGUAACACAACACCCACCUAUGCAGAAAACACAGCCAGCGUCUGGAGCUCCAGGUCACUGUGAUGCUACACUCAGGGUUAAAAGUGCAGAGAGUGGCAUCACAAUCAAACCUGAAGGAAGCCCUGGGGUUGUAAACACCAGCCAGAAUCAUACAGAGGAGUCUCAGUCCCCCACAUACAGCAGUAAGGAGAUGCUGGUUUUCUCUGAGCCAAAGCAGUUCUGUCCCAGCUUGCAGCUGUACUGGGCCUCAUUCACACGCAGCCUCCCCGACAUGGCCGAGGCUCUGGCACACGGAGCAAAGGUCAACUUUAUUAACACUGAGGAAGAGAAGAGGUCGCCACUGAUCAUGGCUGUUCACGGAGGCUCUCUGGUCACGUGUGAGUUUCUGCUCCAGAAUUCAGCCAGUGUGAAUCAGUGUGACAGUCAGGGUAGAGGACCACUACACCACGCCACCAUCCUGGGGCACACUGGACAAGUGUGUUUAUUCCUGAAGCGUGGAGCCAAUCAGAAUGCAGCGGACAUCGAAGACAAAACGCCGCUGUCCAUUGCAGUGGAAGCAGCUAAUGCAGACAUUGUAACGCUGCUGCGAUUGGCCAAGAUGAACGAAGAGAUGCGAGAGUCAGAGGGACCAUACACGGGUCUCACAGGUGAUGAAACGUACCAGGACAUUUUCCAGGAUUUCUCUCAGAUGGCAUCAGAUGAUCCAGAUAAACUCCAUCGCUUCUGAUAGAUUUCUUUGCUCCUGUUUUGAUCAUGCAGUACGAUGUGUGGUUUGUUUUGUGUUUUUUUUUUUUUUUCCUCCCAGUUACAUCUGAAACAUUUUAAUGUUUUUAAAUUUCUCAAAAUACAGAAACAACUUUUACACCAAAGAUAAAUUGUUAGAGCAAAGCAAGCUGUAUACCAGAUAUAAUGACCAGUUCUGAGUCACCCAAGUGUUAAUAUUUACUGUAGGUCUACAUUAUUACUGCAUGAUCUCCAGUUUUAUUUUAGUCCAUAUUUGAACUCCCACAUAUUUCAUUUUCUCUUUUUGUCACAUUGUUGGAAGUUUGGGGUAAUUUUUGGGAGAAUCACUCAGCAUGUGUGGGCGUUAAUUUUGUAUGAAUUAUAGAAUGUAAUGUACUAUAUUAUUCAUGAUAAUGCUAUAGCCACAUAUUGGAUUAUAUUCCUCUUUUUGUUCUGUAGUGACAUUCUGUUUUGAGUGGUGUUGCACGCUUUUUUUUUUUUGAAGUCAUAUCACGAUGUUCAGUUUAGUUCAUCAUGGCCUGGUUUUAUUUUAAAUUAUUUAUCGUUGUUCUCACCAUACCAAUAAGUUCUGAGAGUUUCUUUUUUGCUUGUUUUGUUUAGAUUUUUUUUAAGUUGUUAAACUCUCAAAUGAUCAUCAUGAAGCUCUUUUAUUGUAGCGCUUUUAUGAUCUGUAAGAUAUAUAUGUACACAUCUGUAGGAUGCUAUUUCUACACAAAUAUGUCGGAUAUGAAUGUUUAUUGGUAUUCUUGUGACCGUUGGAACCUGGUGCUUUCUGCAGAGUCAAAUUUAAUUUUAAACAAUGUAAACUUCAACUCGAUAAUGUAACUCAGUUUUAUCAGAUAUUAUACCACAGCAAGGCGCAGGUGUUUCUGGAUGUUAAACAUUUUACAUUUAUGCUGAAGGAAUUCAUUAGCAACGUUCUGAAUAGGUUAAUUGUGGGCCUCAGUGCAGAGCUAUAGAAGUAAAGUUCAUGCAGUAAACGGGUGUAUAAUGUGGAUUUUAUGUGCAUACGUGAUGCAAAUCUGUCUGCUUUCCUCAGUUUUUUUUUUUCUUUGCUCAUGUCCACAUUUUCUUAUUUUUUCUAAGUUUUUUUUCUUUUAUACCAUCUCUUAAGCUAUUUGUCUUUCUUUUUUUCCAUUCUUGUUUUCUUCAUGUUCCUUGGUUUUACCUCCUCUGUUAUUCCUUCAUCACUAAGUGGUGGAGCCAUUACAUUUUUCAUCUGUGCGUCCAGCUGAGAUUCUUCUUCAGUCACCAUCUUCAAAAUGAGUAGUUUAAUGUUUGUAGGAUUUAUAUGCAGUUAUAUUUGUAAUCAGCAGGUGACCUGAUAAGAAUUUUUGAUACUGAUCCAUAGGCACAGCAAGGUCGAAUGUUUUUGAGGUAGUUUUCUUCAAUAGCUUCCUACUCCUUUAAAGUAUCUUUUAAAGAGAAUUCAGAUGUACAGUCAUAAAGACUAGAUUUGUUGGCUUGGGGCCAUCCUCAUUCUACUUGUUUCUCCAUCUCCCUCACUUCUUCCUUUUUUUCUGUCCCUCUUCUUUGUCUUGCUUACUUUUUUUUCUAUUUUAUUCCCUUUUUAUUUUGUCUCUUUGUCGCUCUCUCUCAAAUUUCUUCCUUCACCUGGAUUAGCUCAUUAGACUUAAACAGAAUUGUAUAAUGUGCAGUAUAGACAUGUUACAUGUGUUAAAUCUGCAUCACUUUUUUCGUUCUUUUUCAUGUAAAUUGUGUACAUGCAUUUGCUUUGUGCUUACAUAUGAAAUGGUGGUACUUUAAAUGAGUUGCUUGGUGCUUUUAAUGUUGUGAUUAGAUUCCUGCAGGGGGAGAGGGGUUCAUUUGUUGAAGAAGCUGUAUGAUUUCUAUGAUUUUUUUUUUUUUUUUAUAAAGCAUUUUAUUCUC